AGCAAAACAAACUGACAGAAGAUGUUCAAGGGAAGAUUUCCUUUACUACUGCUUUUCAUUAUAAGCCUACUGCUUGACGAAGGUGAAUCAAGAAUGAGUGUAAAACGUUUGAAAAAUCUGAGGAAAAAUCUGUUUGAUCUGUAUGUAAUAUUUUGGGGAUGGAUUCAGAAAUGUUACCUGAACAAAGAUAAUUGGGAGGACGUCUUCUUUGGAGAAUUCAAAGCAGCUACAUCACAAGCAACGUCUUUAUUGUCAACAGAAGCAUAGGAAAACUGAAGAGAACACGGAUAGACUGGCCAACGAAUGGUGUUUUUAAAAAAACUCUGUUGUGUCAAUUGUUUUAAGCAUAAUAUUGAAUUUAAAAUGCUUCCUCUUAGAACUGAGUUCGUUGCUUAUAUUUGGUGAACAUUCCGUGUCAUAUUCAGUAGCGAUAGUACUAAAAACAAGAUUCCAUCCAUUUUUUUCUGAACUGUGGAUUAUUUCAGCCUUAAGCUAGUUUGAAGGAUAUUAUGAAAAAUCGCCAUUACUAAUCGUCAACUAGUUACCAGGUUGUAACAACCGUAACGUUCAGCACUAAGUAGAUUUUGUUUGAAUACGGCUCAAAAAGGAUAGAAUUAUCUAAUUUUAAUCUGGUCAGAUGGACUAUUUCAUCAUUCAACGCAACGUUGAAUUAUUUAUCUUUAAAUCCAUCGUCUGCUCAGCAAAACGUAUCUUCAGAUGAAUAUCAGAUGAUGGGGGUGCAGAUUGAAGACUCGUCAUUCCAGAUAAAAUAAUAUAUUCUGAAGAUCAUGGUUAUUUCAGUAAAACGUUUAUAAAACCUGGUCAAAGUAAUAAAAUUCAGAAACUUAUUAUGUAAGUGUAGAACUUGGGUAUUGUGGUAGAAUGUAAUUCCAUAUUAGAUAAGUUUAUUUUGAAUAUCACUCACAGUGAUGAUACAGUACUAACAACUGGAUCAUAGAAUAAUAACAUUAAUAAUACUGCAUCACUGUGUGACAUUUAAAAUAGACUUAUCAAAUACGGAAUUACAUUUUACCAAAAUACCCAAGUUCUACACUCACGUUAAUGAUUCAUAUGGUCUUCGUGACCGGAGACUAGUCAAUAAACUCACAUGAUUAUCACAAAGAGAAAGAAGAUUUACAUAUCAUCGUAUUUUCAACAUUCGAUGCUUAAAAAUUGGGUCAUUCCUCAACAUUUUUGUAUACACCUUUUGGUUACAACAAGGAGGGCGAAAGUAAUGAGAUAACCCUUAGUAGAUUCUGUUGACGAGAAGAAAUCCACAGAAUUAUUAGUAAGUUUGCUGCCAUCUGAUAUAAGAUUGAACAACUGAAAUCCACAUUCAAAAAUAAAGUGAAUAACAAGGAUUAUGAAGACUCAUUCGAAAUAUCUACAAAGUCAGUUCCAAUCGAGAAACUGUCGAAGUGGUUAAAAAACGUCGACGUCAAGAUACUAGAAAGUUCCAAGGUGAAGACUACGGGCAACGCGUUGAUACUUUCCAGUUAUUCAUUAUUAUCAGAAGUCCAAAGACAGAAAGAUGUUUUGGAUUUCAGCAUUUUUUGCAAUUAGGAUCUAUAAACCUGGUAUUUGUGUACAGAAGGUAAUGAUAAUUUGAAUCUGGUAUUGCAGUAUCUUCUACCAUAUGUUAUUACUGCUCUAUUCGAUUAUCUCUCCUAAUAUCAUUUUUGUUUUAACGACUUUUUGUCUAUAUAAUUAAUCUUAAGCUGUUUCUCAGAUACCGUUUUCAUUAUUUCUCAUUUCGUAAUUCCCGAAAUUCUGAAUUUCUCUUUCCCUGUGAAAGAGUUUUCCAUUACAAUCCUAAUUUUCAAUUUCUUAUGUCUCUUCUAUUUUCUGUCUAUUUGAACAUGACCUGUAAAACAUUUUCACGUUUCGGUUUCAUAUGAUAAUUUCACUGUAGCUUGUUUAUCAUCCACACAUGUCCCUAUGCAUUUCUCAUAGUAUAUACACAGCAUUGAACGUUGAGAAUUCAGCUUAGCAAUUUUAUCAUAGUCUGGUGAAUUCAUUAAAUUCUACUUUAUUUAAAUUUCCUGCUUGUUUUUAAUUUGUGUUCGGAAAUAGACUGUGCAGUUUUCCCAACAAGAACCCUCAGUAUUAUAUGGAGAGUACUGUUUCGUCAAUAAAACUCACUUAAAACUUCUGAUAUAUUCUAUUAUCAUUAGACUGUUCAAACGUAUCACAUUAAAACAAUAGUGUUUUGAUAUGUGCUAAUUGAAUCUCUGACAUUGAAGAAG